AUGGCGCGCCCGCUGCCGCUGCUGCUGCUGGCGCUCGGGCUCGCCGCCGCCGCCAAGUCCCCGUACCAGCAGGUCCUGCAGCACAGCCGGCUCCGCGGCCGGCAGCACGGCCCCAACGUGUGCGCGGUGCAGAAGCUGAUCGGCACCAACAGGAAAUAUUUCACCAACUGCAAGCAGUGGUACCAGAGGAAGAUCUGUGGGAAGUCCACAGUAAUCAGUUAUGAGUGCUGUCCUGGAUAUGAAAAAGUUCCUGGAGAAAAAGGCUGCCCAGCUGCUCUGCCGCUUUCCAACAUCUAUGAAACCCUGGGAGUGGUUGGCUCUGCCACCACACAGCUCUACUCCGACCGCUCCAACCUGAGGCCAGAGAUCGAAGGGCCUGGAAGUUUCACAAUUUUUGCUCCCAGUAAUGAGGCCUGGGCAUCCUUGUCUGCUGAGACCCUGGACUCCUUGGUGAGCAACGUUAACAUUGAGCUGCUCAAUGCCCUCCGCUACCACAUGGUGGACAAGCGGGUGCUCACAGAUGAUCUGAAACACGGCACCACCCUCAACUCCAUGUACCAGAACCUGCCCAUCCAGAUCCACCACUAUCCCAACGGGAUUGUGACAGUGAACUGUGCCAGGCUGCUGAAAGCUGACCACCAUGCCACCAACGGGGUGGUUCAUGUCAUCGACAAGGUCAUCGCCACCACCACCAACACCAUCCAGCAGAUCAUUGAGACUGAGGACAGCCUGGAAACCCUCCGGACUGCUGUGGCUGCAUCUGACCUCAGCAGCCUGCUGGAGAGCGAAGGGCAGUACACACUGCUGGCUCCCACCAACGAGGCCUUUGAGAAGAUCCCACGAGAAACUCUGAACAGGAUCCUGGGAGACCCCGAGGCCCUGAGGGACCUGCUGAACCAUCACAUCCUGAAGUCAGCCAUGUGUGCUGAGGCCAUCAUUGCUGGCCUGACCAUGGAGACCCUGGAAGGAGCCACCCUGGACGUGGGCUGCAGUGGGGAGGAGCUGACCCUCAACGGGAAGCCCAUCAUUGCCAACAAGGAUGUCCUGGCAACCAACGGCGUGGUGCAUUUUGUAAAUGAGCUGCUGAUCCCAGACUCAGCUAAGACUGUGUUUGAGUUGGCACAAGAAUCUGAAGUUUCCAAGUCUACAGACCUUUUCAGACAAGCUGGGCUCAGUUCUCAUCUAACUGGCAGUGAGCAAGUGACCCUCCUUGCCCCAGUGAAUAAUGUGUUCAAAGAUGGACUCCCCGUUAUUGACAGCAACAUGAGAAACUUGCUCCUGAACCACAUUGUUAAAGACCAGCUCUCCUCUAAAUAUCUGUAUCAUGGACAGAAGCUGCAGACUCUGGGGGACAAGGAGCUGAGGGUUUUUGUGUACCGCAAUAACCUUUGCAUUGAAAAUGCCUGCAUUGCUGCCCAUGACAAGAGGGGGAGGUUUGGGACGCUCUUUAGUGUGGACAAAAUGUUGACUCCUCCAACUGGCUCAGUGAUGGAUGUUCUCAAGGCAGACCAUCGCUUCAGUACCUUGGUGGCUGCAAUCCAGUCUGCAGGGCUGACAGAGAACCUCAACAGGCCGGGAACCUUCACAGUGUUCGCUCCCACAAACGAAGCUUUCCAAGCCAUGCCCCAGGGGGAGCUCAACAAACUGCUGGGUAAUGCCAAGGAGCUUGCCAACAUCCUCAAGUUCCACGUGGCUGACGAGAUCCUGGUGAGCGGCGCGGUCACUGCCCUGGUGAGGCUGAAAUCCAUGCAGGGAGACAAGCUGGAAGUCAGCAUGAAGAACAACGUAAUACAUAUCAACAAGGAACCUGUUGCUGAAAGUGAUAUCAUGGCCACAAAUGGUGUCAUUUAUGCUGUGAAUUCUGUCUUACAGCCACAGGCUUCAAGGCCACAAGAAAGAGGUGACGAGCCUGCAGAUCCUGCACUAGAAAUCUUCAAACAGGCAUCUGCAUUAUCCAAGGUUUCUCAGAGGAAUCCUCGACUAGCCCCUGUGUACUCCCGGAUACUGGCCAGGAUGAAGGAGAACUCAGGGGCAUUCUGAGCCCGUCGUGAGCAGCC